AUGGGGUCGACGACGCUCGCGGGCAGCGGGCCAGGGCGCUCACCCAGCCCACAGGGUCAACGUUCGGGAGGAAGCGAGUGCAAUCUCAGGGCGCCAGAACAGGGCACAGCACGGAUCAGGGCCCCCGUUGCGGCCGCGGCACGAUGGACCAGGAGAUUGAAGGGCAGCGGCACGCUGAAGGUCAGACAGUGGUCGAAAGCCCCCCGCGGUCGGCGAGUGAGCGUCGGCGAGUGUAUCAAGGCGAAACGGCAGGGCGGUGCCUGCUGGCUGGCCUUCAGGACAGCGGCCGAGAUUCGAGUGACUGGAUGCGGAUUCAGCAGCGCGUCCGCGGUCGUGAUGCUUGAUAUGCUGCCAGAUGCGGAACCACGAGGGGGCACGUCGCGGCCUCUGCGUCUCCAACGGCGGGCCUCCCUCGCGACAGGCUUCAGACAGACGCUGCCUGGAAGCUGCAGGCGACACGGGCGGCCGUGUCAACCUGUCAGCCUCUCUCACAACCCUCCCGUGGAUCGCCCGUCAGGUCGAACCGCAUGGCGAAUCGAUAAGAGCAGUGAUCGCCCGCGCCAUAUCACUUCGCUGCCAGACGUUACAUGGCCCCGAGGACGGCCUGAACCAUCGCUGCAACACUUGACGGAGGCCUCCGCGUGCUGCGGGCCGGCUGGCUCAGUGCCGUGGAGCCGUGAGAGCCGUGAGCGCGAAGCUGCUGGCACCCUCAGCAAGGCUUCCAACUCGGUUGCGCAAUCACCGAGCGCCUGGCUCCGCUUUGGGAUCGACCGAGCAUUUUAA